GAGAGAGGGAGACACAGAAUCCACAGAAUCAGAAGCAGGCUCCAGGCUACGAGCUGUGGCUGCCAUCUUGCUGUGUGCUUACGUGAUCGCUUCUCUAUGUGUGUGCACCCCUGGUGUCACUUUGUGUGCCCGUUUCCUCUUUUCACAAGGACACCGGUCAGGUCAUUACAGGCUUGUCUCAGCUGCUCUCAAAUAAUUUGGGUGCUGACGCACCUCUUUCCUGAAAAAAUCCACGUGCCACGGUCCAAUUCAGACAAUGUUUCCUGAGGAUGACACUUACCACGAUGCAUCAAGAUAUCAGAGAACAUCAGAGUGUUUCAGUCAAGACUGAAAGGAGUAAAACCUAGCCUAAAUUAAGGGGGAUUUACUAAGAAGAUAUUUGUGUUCUCAUGGCAAUGAUGACUCUCUAAGCUCAUGGAAAAUUGAACUGGCAUCUGGAAAAGCAUCAGUAACAAGGCUAUCAACUUAGACAGAAUGGUUGAUCAGCUCCAAGGAACAUGGAAAUCCAUUUCUUGUGAAAAUUUUGAAGAAUAUAUGAAAGAGCUGGGAAUAGGAAGAGCCAGAAGGAAACUUGGCUGUCUGGCAAAACCCACGGUGACCAUCAGUACACAGGAAGGUCUGAUCACUAUAAAAACCAGAAGCAUCUUUAAAAAUAAUGAGAUCUCCUUUAAACUGGGAGAAGAGUUUGAGGAAAAUACACCAGGUGGCCAUAAAACCAAGAGUGUGGUAAACUUAGAUAAUGACUCUCUGAUUCAAGUUCAGGACUGGAAUGGCAAAGAGACCACCAUAAAGAGAAAGGUGGUGGAUGGGAAAAUGGUGGUGGAAAGUGCCGUGAACAAUGUUAUCUGCACUCGGACAUAUGAGAGAGUACAAACAAACUCAGCCUCCAACUCUUAAGCACUCCCAAAUUGUGAUACAGACUGCUGAGGCUGUUUAAAUAAAACUCCAAAGUAAAAUGUUA